UUCCGAGCCGCUCUUCACAUCAGCCUUUGCGUUUCGUCGGAAGCACAUCGAGUUUCUCUUCGCUCAAGUUCAAUAUGGCUCGUACCAAGCAGACCGCCAGAAAGUCCACCGGAGGAAAAGCUCCUCGCAAGCAGUUGGCGACGAAGGCUGCUCGCAAGAGUGCGCCCGCAACCGGAGGAGUGAAGAAGCCUCACCGUUACCGCCCGGGAACCGUCGCUCUCCGUGAAAUCCGUAGAUACCAGAAAAGCACCGAACUCCUCAUCAGGAAGUUACCGUUCCAACGACUCGUCCGUGAGAUUGCCCAGGACUUCAAGACCGACCUUCGUUUCCAAAGUUCAGCCGUGAUGGCUCUUCAAGAAGCUAGCGAGGCUUACCUCGUCGGCCUCUUCGAAGACACCAAUCUGUGCGCUAUCCACGCCAAGAGAGUAACCAUCAUGCCUAAGGACAUUCAACUGGCCCGCAGAAUCCGUGGAGAGAGAGCUUAAUUUCUCUUCUACCCAUAUGUGGAGUUGUAAUUACUGACAUAUAAAAAACGGCCCUUUUCAGGGC